UUUGACAACACACUUCACAGCAUAUGGAGGGUGGGCGGAUUUUUGACGUUUCGCUUUUGGUGUUUAAUAUUUUUCCAAAUAUAAAAAUAAUAUUAUAAUUUAUACAUUAAUCAGUUAUUCAAAUAUUAAAAAUAAUGAUUCGUUUUAUUCUUAUUCAAAAUAGAGCUGGAAAAACAAGAUUAGCAAAAUGGUACAUGAAUUUCGAUGAUGAUGAAAAACAAAAAUUAAUAGAAGAAGUUCAUGCAGUUGUUACAGUUAGAGAUGCAAAACAUACAAAUUUUGUUGAGUUCCGUAAUUUUAAAAUUGUGUACAGACGGUAUGCUGGCUUAUACUUUUGUAUAUGUGUCGAUGUUAAUGACAAUAAUUUGUGUUACUUAGAAGCAAUUCAUAAUUUUGUUGAAGUCCUAAAUGAAUAUUUUCACAAUGUUUGUGAAUUGGAUUUAGUAUUUAAUUUUUACAAGGUUUAUACGGUGGUUGAUGAAAUGUUUUUAGCUGGAGAAAUUAGAGAAACCAGUCAAACCAAAGUUCUUAAACAAUUAUUAAUGUUGAAUUCAUUAGAAUAAUGGAAAAAAAAUUUUGUAUUAUGUUUAUUAGAACUUGGUUUCUUCUAGUUGAGAGAAACAAAAAAAGUUGAAAAAAAUUAUUUAUGUACCUGUGAGGGAUAUAUAAAAUGUAUAUUGGAGCUAAAAUCCAUAACUGUGAAAUAUUUUCUGCUUUUGUUGAAAAUAGAAUAACACACGUAUUACAAAUUACUGAAUAAUUUAAAUAUCAAUAUGAAAAUUAAGUUUCCCUUUUUUUUAAAAAAAGCAGGAUUAAUUUAAAUUCAAAAAAAAAAUUGGGAUCAACGAAAAUUAAAUUUAUAAUACUCAUUUACAUUCUGUUUUUUUAGUUACUAUGACAAGGUUAUCUAGAUAUUUUAUAAAAAAUUUUAUUGUAAAUCUCAAACUUCCGUAAUAAAUUCAUUUAACCUUAA